AGUCCUCCCAAUCUUCUUCUGCGUCUCUCUCAGCAGCCUCCUCUGUUUUCAUCUCUCAAACACUUCCCAAACUGAUCCUUUUCUGGAAAAACCCUAACGAAUCAACAAUUUUGCUCCCCUGUUUCAUGUAUUCCUUCACACACGUCCAGGUAAGCCCACCACGAUCUAUAUCUCCAUUUUAAUCGAGUUUCCAGUUUUCUAAUCCUUCAUUCUUGGCUUGAGUAAUUCUGAGCGGAUUAAAUAGUUCAUGCAAGCAUUUACAGUCCUUUAGCGAAAUUUGGGUGGUUUUACAUUAACUCCGAGGGUUUAGGGUUUUGGGUCCGUGAUGGAUAAUCUGGAAAAAGCUAUAGUGAUAAGCUUCGAUGAAACUGGGAGUGUGGAUGGUUUGCUGAAAUCCCAGGCGAUUGCUUUUUGUCAGCAAAUGAAGGAGUCCCCAUCAAUUUGUAGUAUAUGCAUCGAUUGUUUGUGCUUUUCGAAGAUCGUUCAGGUCCAGUUCUGGUGCUUGCAGUGUCUCCACGAUGUACUUCGGGUUAGGUACUCUUCAAUGAGUUCCCAGGAGAAGUUACUUGUCAGGAAAUCUGUUUUUUCAAUGGCUUGUUAUGAGAAUACUGAUGAUAAGAACUUGGCGAGGGUUCUGGAUAGUCCAGCCUUCAUAAAGAAUAAACUUGCUCAAGUUUUUGUAACUUUAAUUUAUUUUGAGUACCCGUUAACAUGGCCUUCUGUCUUUGUUGACUUCUUGCCAAAUCUCAGUAAAGGAGCAAUUGUUAUUGAUAUGUUUUGUCGGGUUUUGAAUGCCAUGGAUGAGGAGAUAAUUAGUUCGGACUAUCCGAGGAGCCAAGAUGAUGUGAGUAUUGCAGGGCGAGUGAAGGAUGCUAUGAGGCAGCAAUGCAUUGCUCAGAUUGUUUGGGCAUGGUAUGAUGUCUUGUUGGUGUAUAGGAAUUCCGACCCCGAUUUGUGUGCUAGUGUUUUGGAUUCUGUAAGUAGGUAUGUUUCCUGGAUCGACAUUGGGUUGAUAGUCAACGAUGCAUUUCUUGCAUUGUUGUUUGAGUUAAUGUUAGCUGAUGGCUUGCCAGAACAACUCCGUGCUGCUGCUGCUGGAUGUGUGCAAGCAGUAGUCUCUAAGCGCAUGGAUCCAAAAGCUAAGAUCAAUCUCUUACAAAAUCUUCAGAUAAGAAGGGCCUGUAGUUUGUUGGUUGGUGACAAUGAUUCUGAGUUGGUAUCAAGCAUUGCUUCAUUGCUCACUGCCUAUGCCACUGAGGUUGUAGACUGUUUCAAGCGGAUAGACUCAGGGGACAGCAGAACUAUCUCAGUGGAACUGCUGAAUGAGGUUAUGCCCUCAGUGUUUUAUGCUAUGCAACAUUGUGAACUUGAUGAAACUUUUAGCAUUGUGCAGUUCCUUUCAGGCUAUGUUGCGAUGAUGAGGAGUCUAACUCAAUUGACAGAGACACAGCUGCAUCAUUUAGGUCAGAUACUGGAUGUAAUUCGUUCCCGCAUUCGCUUUGAUUCGAAAUACCGUGACAAUAUUGAUGCAUUGGAUAAAGUUGGGAAGGACGAAGAAGAUCGGAUGGCUGAGUUUCGAAAGGAUUUGUUGGUUCUACUUCGCAGUGUUGGACGUGUUGCACCUGAUGCUACACAAAUUUUUAUUAGAAACUCCUUGGCUAGUGCUGUUGCAUCUAGUGAGGAUUAUAAUGUUGAGGAAAUCGAGGCUGCUCUUUCAUUAUUUUAUUCCUUUGGUGAAUCAGUUAGUGACGAGGUAAUAAGAACCGGAGGUGGUAUUUUAGGAGAGCUGGUGCCAAUGCUACUGUCAACAAAGUUCCCUUGCCACUCUAAUAGACUUGUUGCAUUAAUGUAUUUGGAAACUAUCGCAAGGUACAUGAAGUUUGUUCAGGAGAGUACACAAUACAUACCCAUGGUUCUCGGUGCAUUUCUAGAUGAAAGAGGCAUACAUCAUCCAAAUAUUAAAGUGAGCAGGAGAGCAAGUUAUCUUUUCAUGAGGGUUGUUAAGUUGCUAAAAGCAAAACUCGUCCCAUACGUAGAGGUCAUUUUACAGAGCGUGCAAGAUACUGUUGCUCAAUUUACAACCAUGUCUUAUUCUUCUAAGGAAAUCUUAGGGUCUGAAGAUGGUAGUCACAUCUUUGAGGCAAUUGGCUUAUUGAUUGGGAUGGAAGAUGUACCACUUGCAAAACAAUCCGAGUAUCUUUCUGCUUUGCUUAUUCCUCUUUGUCAGCAGGUAGAAGCAAUGCUCCUAAAUGCCAAAGUUCUGAACUUGGAAGAGUCCACUGGGAAGAUUUUGAAUCUACAGCAGAUAAUAAUGGCCAUUAAUGCUCUUAGCAAGGGCUUUAGUGAGCGUCUUGUGACUGCUAGUCGUCCUGCAAUUGGUGUAAUGUUUAAGCAGACAUUGGAUGUCAUGCUACAAAUUCUUGUUGUAUUUCCGAAGGUAGAAUCACUGCGAAGUAAGGUCACAUCAUUUGUUCAUCGAAUGGUUGAGACUUUGGGAGCGUCUGUGUUUCCUUAUCUUCCAAAGGCAAUGGAGCAAUUGCUUGUUGAAAGUGAGCCAAAGGAAUUAGUGGGUUUUCUGGUGCUGAUUAAUCAGCUCAUCUGCAAAUUUAGUACAUCAAUGGGAGACAUAUUGGAGGAAGUGUAUCCUGCUAUUGCUGGUAGGGUUUACCGUAUUCUUCCAAGAGAUGACUUUCCUGCAGGACCUGGCGGAAACACUGAGGAAAUACGCGAGUUGCAAGAGCUCCAGCGCACGAUGUACACAUUUCUCCACGUCAUUGUUACUCAUGAUCUAUCAUCAGUUUUUCUUUCGGCCAAAUGUCAGGCCUACUUGGAUACUAUGAUGCAGAUGCUGUUGCACAGUUGCUGUAAUCACAAGGACAUUGUUAUACGGAAGACAUGUGUGCAAAUCUUCAUCAGACUGAUCAAAGAUUGGUGCACCAUCCAGUAUGGUGAAGAGAAGGUACCUGGUUUCCGAAGUUUUGUGAUCGAUGCCUUUGCAACAAACUGUUGUGUGCACAGUGUGCUUGACAAGUCCUUUAAUUUUUGUGAUGCAAAUUCAUUUAUUUUAUUUGGCGAGAUUGUUUUGGCUCAGAAGGUCAUGUAUGAAAAAUUUGGAAACGAUUUUAUCGUUCAUUUUGUAUCUAAAAGUUUUUCCAGUACCCGUUGCCCUCAGCACUUGACACAGCAGUAUUGUCAGAAGUUGCAAGGCAAUGACAUGAAGGCAUUAAAAUCAUGCUACCAGUCUAUCAUCGAAAAUUUACGACUCCAAGAAAAUGGUGUGGUGUUCAGAUAGCAUUCAGAGAAGAAAAAUGGUCUCUCUAUUAUCUAGCUGUACUAUUUAGUAUUCGUUUGGUGAUUGGUUUUCUUUCACUCAAAGGGUUCCUUUUAAUGUAAAUAUCUUUUGUUUCAAGGGGUCCGCGGACAGUGAGGUGUAAAUUUGCGGAAGCGGAUUUUUUCUUUCUUUCUGCAAGUGAGACGACAUUGAGUUUGUUGCACAUUGCAACUCCCUCUGGUGGGGCCCACAACUGCGCGGAGUCGCUGUUUAUACGCAUAGCCAGGAGGAGUAUUCUCUUGCGUGCAUGAGGCUCGCUCGCGCCUUCUUGGGGUCGGAGUUUCCAUGUGGAGGAGACCAAAAGUGGGUGGGUUUUGGCAAGUUUUAAUGAUUUUUUUUCCCUUCACGAUAUUUUGGAGUAAUAUAUUUUUGUCUUUAGUUAGGUCAAUAAGCAAGCAUUUUGAAGAAAAGAUUAAAUGAGCAGAGAAAAUAGACAUACAUAAUCCAUAUAUGCAUGUGUUUUUUUAGUGGAACUUUGCUCAAGGCAAUGAUCAAAUUAAUCCAAGUGCAAAAUAACUGUUUCACUUUUUC